GCUGCAUGACAAUUUUCCAACACAACCAUCCGGCCCUCAGUAGCCUCUGGAGUUCUGAGACCACUUGAAGCGAAAUAGAAAUGAAGAUUCUGGCAGCUAUCUGUCUGCUGGCCGUGGGCGUCAGCGCACAGGUCGGGCCUUCAGGAAUCGUCAGUCCUGAUGGUGUCAACACUCAGUUUUCUCACGAUUACGCACGGGACAUCGUGCUAUUUGGGCCCUCUGGCAUCGUCACAAAGUCUGGCCUGAACCGCCAGUUGACUGCUGGAGAGGUUGGCCUCAACGUGGCCACCGGCCCUGUGCCAGUGCCAUAUUUCGUGGCUCAAAGAGGCAAUGUCGGUCCCUCUGGUAUCGUUCGCCCUGACGGCAGGAACGUCCAGUUCACCCAGAAUCAGAUCGAUCAGUUCGCUGUAGUUGGGCCUUCAGGUAUCGUUACCAAGGACGGCAAGAACAUCCAAUUCACUGAUGAUCUUCAAUUUGUUUCCCGUAAGAAGAGGAGCACCUCCGGCUUCGUGACUCCGAAGGGCAACGUUGGCUACUCCGGCAUCCUGAGAACUGAUGGCUCCGUUGACCUCUUCAGCCACGAUCUUGCUCAUGAUAUUGUCCACAUUGGACCUUCUGGAAUAGUCACUAAGUCGGGCAAAAACCUCCAGUUCACUGAUGACUUGAGAAUUGCUAACCCUCGCACCAAGCGAGCAAUAUUUGGACCUUCUGGUAUCAUUCUUGACGAUGGAACACCAGUACAGUUUAAGAGAGGUGGAGCGACCAUCGUGCUGGAGGGACCAUCUGGCUACAUCUUGAGCGAUGGCACUACCAUCCAGAAGAGAUUCUAGACACGUAAUGAACUACUACAGCAUCGUUACCUCCGGUGCUUGACUGGUCUCGUAGUAACCAAGUGCUAUACGGUGGCUCCUUCCACAUGACCUCCAUUAUCGAGAUCAUUCAGCUGAGAGUCUGAAGCGCCUCUCUGCAAGCUCCUACUAUGUUAUCCUCAUGAUCAAUGAUUCUUUAUGUACAGAUAUCAGAAGCAUUUUUGUAUGAAGGCCUCUCCCUAAAAAUUAAAUUUCAUAUUAUAUA